AUGAAUGCGAACGAUGAAGCGCCAUCGAAUUUGGAGCCGACCAGCUCGGAAAAAGCGGACAAGAAUGAAGCGAAAGUCGUCGAGCUUGAACCCGUCGAGCCUGACGCAAAGCCAUCCAGUGAUUCCAACGCGACGGACGCGAAAGGAACCGAAGGUAAAGCUGGCCAGUCUUUGGUAUUACCCCCGACGCUUCACGAACGAUUCAUGCGAAUUAAACAAAUGGUCAAGGACGCCAUGGCUGCUCGCCACACGUUCAUGAUUUACGGAAGGGCCCGAGUGGUUCGCGAAUCUAUGCUGAAGAGGGGCUGGUGCGAGAAGUUCUUCCGAAAAAAUCCCAGUGGUACUCGGCAUUUUACGGUGGAUUCGAGUCCUGUGGCAUUGCUGGCCGGCAUCGGUGAUUUGAAGGAUCAACAAAGCGAACGACAAUUGAUAUCUAGAAUGCUCAGCAACCACACCGUCGACUUUCUCUGGAACACAGGAUCCGAGUGGCCCGGCUGGCCAUCGCAGGACAACAAGAACACGAUUUUCAACAGAUACUGUCGAGCGGGAUUCACGUCGAAGGUGGGCUUAUGUUCGAACGUAAGACAAAUGCACUGGUAUUACGAGGCUGGAGUGGCGAACACCCUUUUCCCGCGAUGUUACAACUUAUGCCAGGGCGAUCAGAUGCAUGCUUUCAUCGAGGAUUUUCGAUUCACGUGUUGUCUGAGUUUGUUGAAGUGGUUGAUGAGCAAGAUCGCCACCGAAGGUGAAAACGCAGUUAGAUCGCCAACCGGUACGAUACCCCUGAAGGCCCUGGAGUUCGCAAUUAAACGAUGCAGCGAUUAUAUCAGCGCCCAGUCCCACGAAGACAUUGAUCAGGAGUCGGAAAGAGUUUGGGCCCAUCAAUGGGACCAGUUUAUCAGUUGGUACUACCAGGUUGUUCACGGUCAAGCUCUUUUCGUUCGGAAUAGCGUGCCUUUUCAAAAAUUCUUCUUGGCAACGAAGCACAUUUUGAAAAAGAUGAGGAAGUAUUGUCCGCAAAUCGACAUGGACGGCACUAUGAACGUAUGGAUCAUGAAGCCCGGGAACAAAAGUCGGGGCCGAGGAAUCGUCCUGUUGAACAAACUGGAGGACGUCAUGGCGAAGAUGAAUCCCUCGACCAAAUUAGACACCCGUUAUGUCGUGCAGAAGUACAUUGAGCGACCGUUGCUAAUACACAGCACAAAAUUCGACAUCAGACAAUGGUUCGUCGUUACUUGCGCUCAGCCCCUAACUUUUUGGAUAUACAAGGAGAGUUACCUGCGAUUCUGCUCGCAGAAAUUUUGCCUAACGGACUUCCACGAAUCGAUUCACCUGUGCAAUCACGCGAUCCAAUGCAAGUACACGAACUGCGGCGACAGAAACCCUGCGUUGCCUUCGGACAAUAUGUGGGACGUCACGACCUUUAAAGAGUUCCUCAAGUCCCAGGGACAUCAUAAAGCGUGGGACGAGCUGAUCUAUCCAGGAAUGAAGCAAGGCUUGGUCGGUACCCUGCUGGCCAGCCAGGAAGCCAUGGAUCGUCGGAAAAACAGCUUCGAACUUUACGGUGCGGAUUUCAUGGUCAUGGAGGAUUUCUCCGUUUGGUUGAUCGAGAUCAACAGCCACCCAGAUAUGAGCUACUCGAGCAAAGUGACGACGCGUCUGUGCAGACAGGUUCUGGAAGACACCAUAAAAGUGGUCAUAGAUUUUCGGGAGGACAAAAACGCGGACACGGGACAAUUCGAGCUAGCUUACAAGCAAAAAAUGCCCAACUGUCAGCCGUAUUUGGGCGCAGCUUUGUCCCUCCAAGGCACUCGCAUCAUAACGUCCGAGAAGAAACCUGCUCUCAGCACUCAGGACUCGAAAGUUAGCCUUGUAUCGAAGUCUCCGAUGACGUGUUUCGCGAAAAAAAAAUCGAUGGUGCACAAUCAAAUCGGUCCGGUGAUCGUCGAUCUGAUCGAAGAAUUGGAGAUUCAGCUCGAUCAGGAAUUCUACGCGUAUUACAAAGUGGAGUCGCCUAAGUUGAGACAAACGUUACCGUCAACGGCGCCGUUGAAAUCCUUGAAAACGGCUGUGUUGGUCGAUAAACAGGAAUCGACCGCGAAGAGUGCUCCAGCUAAUGGCUCCUACAACGCCAAAACGAAGUCACCCGGUAAUAGUCGAAUAAAUGACAAAAUCGGGAGUAAUCAGAAAACCGUGACGCGGACACCCAGAAAAUCGCGGGCUCUCACUGCAUCGACGAACAACAACAAACCGGAAACCUCUCCCGCCAGACAAACUUUGCUCUCGAAGAUUAUAACUAUUCAGAAACAAGCGCCGAAAUUGACGUCGAAACCCGAGAAGCCUGCAAUGAGACAAAAUCAAAAUAAGAUAAUUAAGACGGCGGUGCGAGACGUGAUUAAAAAGUACAAGAAAGGUGCUACAUUGCCAGAUAUUCCACUGGAAGUACCUGCGCUAUCCACUUCGUUAACAACACCAAAUAAAGGCAACGACGCCAUCGCGGCGAAAAAUAGAAAUCGCAACGUUCCAGCCAAAAAUAUUCGUCAAAAGAAAACCAAGGUGCUGACCGAUAUUACAGACAUGUACGCUGUUGGCUUGAGGUUGACUAAAUGA